UGUACAUUUCAUUGUGUAACAGGGUCUUUAUUUUCAGUGAAUUUUAAUCCCAGGAAUAAAUUACUAUAUUACCGUGAUUAAAAAGAGCACGGCGGGUAUUAGAGACAUGCGUUUACUACCUCGCCUUGUUCUGGUGGGUGUUUUAUUGGCACAGUCUAGCUUUGUCGCCUGCUACACAGACUGUGGUGGUCUUUUAACCGACCAGGCUGGCACGAUUCUCUCCCCCAACUUCCCCGACUCCUACCCUAACGAUGCCAUCUGUAGCUGGACAAUCACAGUGGCUGAAGGACAGGUUGUCGCUUUCAGAUUUACAAGUCUGAACUUGGAACGAGAGUCUGAGUUCCGCUGCAUAGACCACGUCCAGUUUUUUGACGGUCCCGGUCCACAGUUUUCUAGAAUUGAGGGAUACUUUUGUGGGUACCCGGACGAAUCUAUACUCCCAAACAUUGUCAUUAGGUCCACAAAAAACCAGAUGCACGUGAGAUUCCAGUCUGAUUGGUCAGGUUCGCGGCCCGGGUUUAGUGGCUCCUAUUGGGCUCAUGAGUGUCCACCUUUCAACUACGGAUUAGAGAGCUGCAACACUUCCUGUAUCUGUAACCAAAACAACUCCCUUUACUGUGUCAACUACAACGGCAACUGCGUGUGUAAAGACGGCUGGUUAUCUGUGGACUGUUCUGUGGACAUCAAUGAAUGCGAUGACCCAAACCUGUGCAGUGACCUGUACUCUGUUUGUGUCAACACACCUGGCAGCUACAGGUGUGACUGUAAACCUGGACUAACUCUUAAUAGUGCAGGACAAUGUUCAGAUCCCAAAGACUGUACCCAAAAGAAGUGUUCGCAUUUCUGCGGUGUCACAUCAACCAACCCAAGAACUGAGGACUGUUAUUGUCCUAAAGGCAUGAGGUUGAAUCCUGAAGACAAUGUCACCUGUGUUGAUUGUGAUGACUGGACUUACGGAGAAAACUGCUCCAACUGGUGUAGAUGCGAUCAGUUAAACACAAAGUCAUGUGACAAGACCAAUGGCCAUUGUAUCUGUUACUCUAACUGGACUUCGACUUGGUGUACUGAAGAUGUAGAUGAAUGCAAUCUGCCGAGGCCUCCGUGUAUUGAAUCAGUAGAAAAUGCAAUGUGCGAUAACACACAUGGAUCUUUCGAGUGUCGUUGUUUGGUGAACCAUGACAUUGUGAACCAGACACACUGUGAUGCUUGCGGUAAAACCUUAACGGAGUCGGCAGGUAGUAUCGAAACGUAUUAUUAUAGAUGGUACCAUUCAACAAGUAUUUAUCUUCUGUGUUCUUGGACAAUACAAGCAGAGAAAGGACAGGUCAUUUCGUUAAAGUUCCAUAUGCUGGAUUUGUUCCUCUAUUCAAACGAUUACCGAAACAAACCUGGUUUUGUUGAGAUUUAUGAUGGGAGAAACGACAGCGCGAACAUGAUUGCUAUUUUCUAUGGACAGCCUUAUCCUUAUCCAUACCCUCAAGGCAUUGUGAGGUCAUCCGGCAACGAGCUUCACAUCAAGUUGUAUCCCUUAAUGUACUACGAUUACUAUCACAGUGGAUACAGAAAAGGAAUUGGAUUGUCGUACUGGACUCAUGAAUGUUCUAAUUUUACCUACGACGCCAACUGUACAACACCAUGUACCUGUGUCCUGGAGAACACCAAGUACUGUAACAGCACCACUGGUCAGUGUGUUUGUAAGGAAGGAUGGACAUCAGAAAACUGUUCAACGCCCUGUGUUUGUGUUCACGAAAACACAAAAUCUUGCAAUUUUGCCACUGGUCAGUGCGUUUGUAAGGACGGCUGGACAUCGAAAAACUGUUCGAUGCCUUGUAUUUGCGUAAAAGAAAACACAGAAUUUUGCAACAGUGCCAAUGGUCAGUGUACUUGUAAAACAGGCUGGACAUCACAUGACUGUUCUGUGGACAUUGAUGAAUGCUAUGAACACUCUUUGGCAUGUCCAGACUACUCAGAUUGUCAGAACUUAAACGGAAGUUUUAACUGCACGUGUAAGCCUGGACUGGUCAUGGACACAAGCGGACAAUGUGUUGCUACAGUCAGUAGUAAUACCUGCACAGAAAGAAACUGUUCCCAUGUUUGUGUGAAGAUUUCUAGCUAUGCAGCCUCUAUAGAACACUGUUAUUGCCCCAUUGGAAUGGUGUUGGUUGAGGAUAACUGUGUUGACUGCCCAAAUCUAACAUACGGACCAGACUGCUACAAAAAUUGUGCGUGUUCCUCGACCAACAACACUCGAUGUGACACCCGAACUGGCAACUGUAGCUGUUUGGCCCCCUGGACUGGAGAAUUUUGUACUUUGGACGUUGAUGAGUGUACCCUAGGCACACAUUACUGUCCACAUUAUACACUUUGUAAUAACACUUAUGGAGGCUACACAUGUCAAUGUAUGGAGGAAAACGGCUAUACGGAGUCUGGCAAUGGGUCGUGUAUCCCAAUACAUUGCAGUUCUACAUUGUCAAAUACAUCUGGCAUUAUAACAAGCCCUAAUCACCCAUUGGAUUACUUUAACAACGCCAACUGUUCUUGGUUGAUCAGUGCUGAGGAAGGAAGUGUCGUGUCCUUAAGAUUCCUAAGUUUUAACCUGGAAGCUACUUCAAAAUGUUCCUAUGAUUACGUAGAAGUGUUUGACGGCGUAAGCCCAUAUGACAGGCAGAUUGGCAAGUAUUGCAGCUACUCUGAUUAUCCCAGUGUUAUACGAACUCGAGGACACAACAUGUACAUCACAUUCAUAUCUGAUUGGACUGUAAGGCGGCCUGGUUUUCGUGCAACAUAUACAUCACACAAAUGUCGCAGUUUUACCUACGGCGUGACCUCAUGCGACACCAACUGUAAAUGUGUGAGAGAAAACAGCCAGUUCUGUGACAACACCAAUGGCGAGUGUAUCUGUAAGCCUGGCUGGACCAUGAGGGAUUGUUCUGUUGACGUCAAUGAAUGUCUGGGUACCAACAACAAGGUGUGUCCAGACAACUCGGACUGUGUCAACCUGCUGGGCAGCUACAGGUGUGACUGUCACCUGGGAUAUGUGUACAACUCUACAACCAAAACAUGCGAUGCAAGUUCUGACUGUACCAUCAAACAUUGCUCCCAUGCUUGCUAUAUUGAAAGUCCUGGGGUGGAGAAAUGUGUUUGUCCUGAAGGACUGGUGCUAGAAUCGAAACAACAGCUGGCAUGUGUUGUUCCCUUCUAUCCCUAUGGUGAAAGAGCUCAAGACAUUGUUUUAGAUAACCAAAUAAUGUUUAGGGGAUAUUCUGUUAGCCAGCCAAUAAUGUUUUCCCGUGGACUUCCGUUUGAAGAAGAUUAUACAUUUGGAGCUAGGGUGUUCUCUAAUGGUGUGAUAAGCUUUGGUCAACAAGCAACUGAGCUAAGUGGAUUAUCAGACCUAACUUUGGUCAGGCAAAUGCAAAUGAACAUCAUAGCUCCGUUUUGGACUGGCAUGGAUCCUUUGAAAGGAAAAGUGUAUUACCAUCUUUAUGAAAACUGCGGCAAUGCAGCCAGUCAUAGCUCACCAGAAUUUAGCAAUGUGACAAAGAGAGCGAAAGAAGACAUAGCAAAGUUUCAUGACCUCUCUGGGAUUGAAUUAGAUACAGUUUUGAUUGUCACAUGGGAGAAUGUUCAACCACACUCGAGUUCUUCCAAAGGUUCUAAAGUAAACACUUUUCAAGCAAUUAUUGUCAGUGGAUGGGAAACAAUAAACAAACAAGGACAAAUAAUAUUAUUGGAUGAGAAAACAUCCUAUGUCACUUUCAUAUAUCAGCAAGGAAAAAUGUUUUGGGACUAUGUACCAGGAAGACCUGUAGCUGUUGGUAUUGUGGGUAAAAAUAUGAAAACACUAAAUGACCUGGACACGCCUCUAGUUGGUAACUUGGAUAAAGUACCUGGAAAUACAGGUUUGAACGGUGUCAUAAGUUUUGAAGUGGGUAAGGUGUCUGGGCCAGACCAGAUGUGUGAGAAAUAUCUGUGUCAACACGCUGACCUGCUGACUGACCCUGUGUAUGAGUUUGAGAAGCGUCAGCUGUACAAGUGUCCCUGUACACUGGAGAGACUUGGGCGUCAGUGGCAGCUCUAUGAGAGACGUGGGGAGAAACAAGAUGUUUACUGCUACGCCAUCAGCAGUUUGGCUAAGUUCAGGUUGUUGCAGGGAAACAAAAGGAAUAUGCUGUGCUGUUACCAUUGGACAAAACCAGCGAAUGGCGAUUGGAGAGACUGGCAACAAUCAUGGCUGGAAGCUUUUUAUAUCCCAGCAUCCCCAGACUCUGGACAUGUUUUGGUCAAUGACCCUUGGCAACUGGGAUACUUUGAUAACUUUCAAGCUCUAGAAAACAUACAAGCACACCAAUGGUGUUGUGUAGACUCUAGUCAAGUCAAACUUUGUAACCAGUUUUACCAGAUUUUUCCAGAUAUGGGAUGUUCAAAUUUUGUUGAAUUUGUGCCAGCUUCUGCACUGGGCGACCCUCACAUUACAACAUUGGAUGGUGUCACUUAUGCUAUGAAUGGGCUUGGUAUUUUUACCAUGAUCAAGACAAUGGACAAUCAGUUUACUUUACAAGCCAAGACAUCGCAGGCAGAAAGCAGCUCAGGUACUUUAACCAACGCCACAGUUUUUACAGGAUUUGCAGGUCAAGAGUCUAAGGAUACACACUUCCAAAUUGAGUUGGCUGCAUCUAAUACAUCCAUGUUGCUGUGGGUCAAUGGUAUCGAUAUCACAAAUGAUUUCUACAAGAAAGUUGACUCAGAUGUUAUUGUGUCCACUAACUCUCUAAGCGUGAUCAGGGAAUACAGAAACAAUAAGACUAUAGCAGUGGCCAGUUUUGCCUCAGGUGUCAGCAUAGAAGUGAAUGUUGCUGUGAGAAGUCUUGAGAUUAUGUUUGAAGUCUCUAAGGAACUCCAAAACAAAACUCGAGGUUUGCUAGGAAACUUUAAUGGUAUCAAGACAGAUGAGUUCAUACUCCCUGAUGGACAAGUUCUUUCAUCAAACUUAAGUGAAAGGGAAAUCUACGCCCAGUUUGCUAAACUAUGGCUUGUGAAUUCCUCCAACUGUGUUUAUAAAUUCGAGCAAGGCAAAACUCUAUCAGACUACCAGCACCCAGAUCACGUGCCCUGGUUUAGAGAUGAAGCUAAUGAAACAGAAGUGGCCAAAGCUGUUGAAAUCUGUGGCAGUAAAAACGACCCGUGUAUCUUUGAUUAUUUGGUGACUGGGGACAAGAGAUUUGCUGAUGCCACUAAAUCCACAGUUGAUGAAAUGGUUGUCAUCAUUCAAAAUUUGGAAAACAACCCUCCAGCCAUAGCACUGAAAGAAACACUAAACAACGGAGGCAGAUGGAAUGUAAAACAAGGGACACAAUCAACUUUACAAGUUGAAGGAAUAGAUGGGGAUGGAGAUGACGUCACAUUUGAUCUGAGUGGAAACAUCACAGAUGUCAAGGUCGAUAAGAAUGGGGUUAUCACCUACACACCAGAUGUCAAGAAACCUGUCGCUAUACAAGUUCGUGUCAAAGACGCCAAGGGAGCCUACUCUCCACUGUUGUACAUCCCAGUUAGUGUUUGCCCACUCUGUAGUGGUCAUGGUGUUUGUGAUAUAAAUAGAACUAGAGAGGAAAUUUUUAAUGGAAUGUUCCAGAUCUUGGCCUGUAGUUGUCAUCCAGCGUACACAGGAGUUGAAUGUGAAUCAGAACUGGAUGCUUGUGCUAUAAAACCUUGCUCCAAGGGACAGAACUGCACAGAUUUAACAGCUCAACAACAGGGAAACAACUCAGUUGGUUAUGUUUGUGGGAAAUGUCCUCCUGGUUUUGUAGACUAUCAAAAGAUAUGUUUAGAUGUAAAUGAGUGCAGUGAUGAAAGCAUGUGCAGCCAAACCUGUACAAACACUGAAGGCUCUUACAUGUGCUCAUGUAGACCUGGUUACAGGCUGGAUACUGGAGACAAGAAAACUUGCACAGACAUCAAUGAAUGUGAGGAGAGAUCAUCCAAAUGUCAACAGAUUUGUACCAACACAGCUGGCAACUACACUUGUUCAUGUCAGACUGGAUACACCUUAGACAGCAAUGGUCUCACUUGUACUUUAGAUGGAUCUUUAACUAGCCAAUGUUAUGACUGUGACCAGGUUUGUUAUGUCAACAAUGAUCAGGUGAAUUGCAGCUGUAGGCUGGGGUUUGAACCUGAUCCUCAAGAUAACAGUAAUUGUAGAGAUAUAAAUGAAUGUGAGUAUGGUAACAAACCAUGUAGCCAGAUUUGUGAAAAUCUUGAAGGAACAUAUGAAUGCUCAUGUUAUAAUGGUUACAAACUGGACAGUGAUGGGAUUUCCUGUCAAGCAUGUGAAAGACCCUACUAUGGACCAAACUGUGCCCAAAUCUGCCAGUGUAGUGGCCAUGGGUCAUGUGACCCUGUCAGAGGUUGUGUCUGUGACAAAGAGUGGAAAGGUGACCACUGUGAGCUGGAUGUUGAUGAGUGUGACCAGUCCAACCCAUGUCCAGCUGGUUUUGUCUGUAAAAACAGAAUUGGCUCAUACACCUGUGUCUGUGCUGAGGGCUACAGGUUAACUAAUGGAAUCUGUACAGACAUUGAUGAAUGUAAAGAUAUUUUUGUCAACACAACUUGUGACAAAAUGCUGGAGGUUUGUGUCAACACAGUGGGCAGCUACAGCUGUCAGUGUAAGAAAGGAUUUGCCAGAAAUUCUCUAGCUGUUUGUCAAGAUAUUGAUGAAUGUUUGACCAAUGCUGAUGAAUGUGAACAGGUGUGUGAAAACAAACCUGGGUCUUAUAACUGUUUGUGUCGACAAGGCUACACAUUGGCAGAUGAUCGCUUGUCAUGUCUGAAAGUGAGAGACCCAUGUCAAGGACUACACCUAAACUGUAGCUAUGGCUGUGCUGUGGAUGUUGAUAACAAACCUUACUGCUACUGUCCCAGAGGAUACAGACUCACUGGACCAGAAAAUUGUGAAGACAUCAAUGAAUGUGAGUCAGAUGAAUACAACCAUUGUUCAAACAAAUUUGGAUGUGUAAACACUAAUGGCAGCUACACAUGUUCCUGCCCGGCAGGAUUCAAGCUGGACAAUGAUGGUCGCUCUUGUAUUGAGUGUGCUGGAGACACCUGGGGCAUUCAGUGUUCUCAGUCUUGUGGCUGUGGGUCAGGGGCAGAUCACUGUGAUCCAAAAGUUGGUUGUGUCUGUAAACAUGGGUACACAGGAAAAUACUGCACUGUUGACAUUGAUGAAUGUAGCAGUGGAAAUAUAACUUGUGAAGCUAAAGAAAAAUGUGUUAAUCUGCCUGGAUCAGCGACCUGUGAGUGUCUGAAUGGCUACAUUAGAAAAGAUGAAAUUUGUCAAGACAUGAAUGAAUGUGAGAUGAUGUCCACCAACAAUUGCAAUCAGGUGUGUACCAAUGUAGAAGGAGGGUUUACCUGUUCAUGUUAUGCUGGGUACACAUUUGAUACAGCAACGCAGGUGUGCCAAGACAUAAAUGAGUGUCAACUAGGAUUAUCCAGAUGUGAACAGACUUGUAUCAACACAGAAGGAAGCUACAGAUGUUCCUGUCCAUCUGGCCUGUACCUCCAACAAGAUGGACUCACUUGUAGAGCAACAAAACCAUGCACCACCAUGAGAGACUGCAGCUACCAAUGCGCCGUUUUAAAUGAGCUAGAAACAUGUUUGUGUCCCAAGGGAAACAGUUUGGCAGCUGAUAAGAAAACUUGUGAAGAUGUAGACCUAUGUGCCAACAGCCCAUGUAGCUUUGGUUGUGUUGAGACCAGAGACAACACCAGCAUUGAAUGUGUGUGUGGGCUGGGAGAAAAGUUGGAUUCUAAUGGACUCACUUGUUCUGCAUGUAAUGAGGGCACUUGGGGGCUAGGGUGCACCAACACAUGCAACUGUGUCACAUCUAACACACAAUUUUGUGAUAAAAAAUCUGGCGACUGCCAUUGUAAGAGUGGGUGGAAUGGCAGCAGCUGUGAAGAAGACAUUGAUGAGUGUAAAGCCUCCAAUAUCUGCUAUGCUCACUCACAUUGUAUCAACACACCAGGAGGCCAUGUUUGUUCUUGUGAUGAUGGCUAUGUCAACACAAACCAGACAUCUUGUCAAGCCUGUGAUGAAAACCUCUAUGGUCCAGCAUGUACACUCCGCUGCUCUUGUCCACCAAACGCUGCAUGCAACAAUGUCAAUGGCAGCUGCUACUGUAAGCCAGGCUGGCGUGGACCAGCUUGUGAGACAGACGUCAAUGAAUGUCAGGAAGGUACACACACAUGUAGUCAGGGUAAACUGCAAGUCUGUGUAAACAAAGAUGGAGGCUAUGAAUGCUCCUGCAGGAUUGGUUACUCAAAGUCAUGUGACACAUGUGAAUGUGAAGAAUGUCCUGAAGGCAAAUGGGGCCAAGACUGCUCUCACACCUGUACCUGUGUAGCAUCCAACACUCACCUGUGUAAUAAAACAAAUGGUAGCUGUGUCUGUAAGACUGGAUGGAAUGGAACCAGAUGUGAUGUGGACAUUGAUGAAUGUAAUCAAACAUCUGAUUUGUGUCCAGCACAUUCUCACUGUAUUAACAAUGAUGGAGGGUAUAACUGCUCUUGUGAUGAAGGUUAUGUUUAUCUGGAUAACAAUAAAUGCAAUGUAAUGACGACUGCUUCCACCCCCUCUACACAAUUCAUAAAUCGUGAAAUUUAUAUGUCCAUUACCUUCAACUUUGAUGUGACCCUUAAAAAUCUUCAAGACAAAAACUCAGAUGACUACAAAAAAAUAAAAAAUGAUGUUGAAAUUCAAAUGCUGAAAUUGUUAAAACAGAACAGUUCUCUCAUUAUUAACUUCAAUAUAAUCAAUCUGAGAAAGGGCAGCCUUAUUGUCGAUGCCAAUGUUACACUUUUAAAACCUGAAGGCAUUAACCCAAAUGAUGAGCUUGGUAAAGCCCUACAGUCUGUCAUGGAGAAGGGAAUCAAUAUUGAUGGCCAGAGAGUUUAUGUACUUGAAGCAACUGUUGACAAAAAACCUGUGCCAAUCUUAACUUGUGAAGCAAGAGAGAAAACAAAACCUUGUAAAGAAAAUGAAGAAUGUUCUAUAGAUAAUAAUUUAGCUAUUUGUAGCCCAGAGGUUAAAGAUUACACUAAACUGAUCCUUGGAUUGGCUAUCGGUUUGGCUGCUUUUGUUGUACUGUGUGUUGUUAUUGGAAUUCUUGUCUGUAGAUAUACACACAGAUAUAAAACAGAAAGAAAUGUAACAAAUACAUCUGAAUCUCUGAGGUCUGACUUACUCUAUCAAGAUAUGUCAAAUGAAUACAUUACAGCCUCUGCUUCAAGCAAAGCUCAUUCAAAUUUAUCUUAUAAAUAGAAAAUUUUAAGAAAAAUGUAAACUCAAACUUAAUAUUCAACAUUUUCGUUGUUUAUUCAUGUACAUUCUCUUCAAGUAAAUUAUUCUUAUUUUCUUGUAAUCAAAUAACUUAACAUUUUAAUAAAAUUGAAAAGUAUUUAGUAAAUGAAUCAUAUCUACUUAUAUUUAAUAUAAUAAAAUAUAUCUAAAAAAUAAAUGGUAAAUGUAAUCAAAGUACAUUUUAAAAAAACAAUUACUA